GCAUCAACCAACCUCGACAGAAUACUCCUGCUUGGGUGCUUCCUGCCAACCACCGCCAUUAGCAUCACUCACUGCCUCCCUCCCAAAAAAUCUUACCCGCUAAGAAAUGAAAUGAAAUUAAAAUUACAAAAAUCUCACUAUAAAUGAGGACAUAACACAUUUAAACACUGCACACGACAAUGCCAACAAACUCGCAGCAACAGUUUCACGCUUUCUACGAAGGAUGGAUCCAACGGAAACAGACUCUCCUCGACGAGCUUCUCACACUUUCCGACGCUCCCGACUCCCAACACAAACACAUCGCUCUCAUUGAAUCCGUUCUCUCCCACUACCAACAAUACUUCGAGCACAAAACACGCCUCCAAAACGACGACGUUUUGCUUCUCUUCUCUCCCACCUGGCUCUCCACCUACGAGCGAGCACUUCUGUGGAUGGGAGACUACAAGCCUUCCUUAAUCCUCCGCCUCGCCGACACCGCUCUUCAAGAUCUCACGCCGGACCAGAUCCGUGCGAUUGAGAGGGUCAGGGCGGAGACUAGGACCGGGGAGAGGGAGCUUUCUGCUGCAAUGGCGGCGUUUCAGGAGAGCGUGGCUAGUCCGCGCGUGUUGCAACGCGCUAGGAGAGUCGGGAGGUUGUUGGAUGGGGAGAUUGAUGAGCUUGAUGAGUCUAUGGGGGGGAUGAGGAACGCCGUGGGAGAGCUUUUUCAGAGAGCGGAUGAGUUGAGGGUGGCUACGGUUAGGAAGGUCGUGGCGGUUCUUUCUCCGCCGCAGACGGUUAGGUUUCUUGCCGCAGCCUUGGGGUUUCAGCUACGUGUCAGGCGGUGGGGGAUGGAAAGGGACCAGUCCCGUUGACGCCUUUGACUUUUUUUUUUUAAAUCUUUUUCUUAGAAGUAAAACGAAAACAAGUGCUCUGUGUUUUUUUCCUCACACUGUUCUGUGCAGUGUGAGCUGUUUUUAUCAUGAUGAUAAUGAUUAUGAUUGUUAAUCGGAUACAUUUAUUUAUCAGUUCCACCAUAAGUUUUGGCAUCUACAUUUAUAGUAACUGUGUCAUCGUUUCAAAUCAAUCCUCAGAUUCUAAAUUCAAAAUAUAGAAACCACCGGUAGCAAUAAUUGCUUAUUGUAGCCAAUAUUUUGGGGGCAAGAUAUACAAAUAAUCGUAUUUUUAUAGUGUUAGCGUAUUGAAUAUUGAUGCAGUAAUUUGUUAUGUUUCUUGUAUACUCCUUUAUCUAGCAGCUUGUGAAAUUCUCUUCUCCAAUAACAACGUCAGGAUUUUGCUCACUCUUUCUCAACUUCACGCCCUAAAUCCUCUGUCCUAUCACUCACUCUUUUUAGAUUUCUCCCCAAAUCCUCUUCUCCAACAACAACGCACAAUUUUUUAUUUUGCUCAUUU